AUGUCAUAUCCCUUUUUCCUAGGCGGGAUCAGGACGCCAAAAAUCAAGCCGACAAAAGCGGACGCUGAGCAGAACCCGGUGGAGCAGUUCACUGAAGAGGAGAGAAAACGCAGGGACGUCCUAGCGCUACUCGACAGCGACGAGGACGCAGAUGACUUCGAUGAUGAAGAUGACGACGGCAACCAGUCGGUAGCAUCCGAGCACACGGAUGUCGAUGACUAUAUCGCACGUAAGAAUGCCUCCAUCAAUGAGCAUUAUACUCGUUCUGCAUCCGGGUUUCCGAUACCGUUGGAACCUUCUUCUCUAUUGCAACUGAAGCAGGUGAUAUCCCUGAGUCCGCCACCUUAUUCAGGGCUCUUCAACAAUAUGAUCAAGUCGAGCUAUCACAGGAGGUGA